GUUGGUUAUGAUUUCGCGAAAACGUUGCUUGCGCCUUCGCUUCCCCUGUGUUUCAUCGGACUCAGAUGAGGAAAAGUCAGAUGAUCCUGUCCCGUCGGGUCCUGUUCAGGAUGGUGACAAUGCUGUUGACGCUAUCCGAACUCUCCAGAAGGUCCGGAAAAGACCUGCGGGUAUUAGUUUAUCCGCACUUUCUACCGGUAAAGCUGCUCCCGAGGAAAUCGCUAUCGUGAGCGACCCAUUUAAAUUGAAGUCGGGUGGUUUAGUUGAGAUGCAUUGUGUUACUGGUACGAGGAGAGCGGAAGACGAGGACGAUGUUGAAGCUCGCCUUGCAAAAACUUUUGCCACGGAAACGAAUAAACGUGACGAGGAUGCCGAAAUGAUAAAGUACAUUGAAGAACAGGUGUCAAAACGCAAAGGCUUGCAGAAAUCGCCCUCUCCCGAACCAGUCGAGGAGUCAGAUCUCCUGCGCAACGUCCCAGAGUAUUUGCGACCGGUUAUUGGACAGCAGAGGGAAGAUAUGAUGUCUAACCAAAUGCUUUGUGGCAUACCGGAAGUCGAUCUAGGCGUCGAGGCAAAAAUGAGAAAUAUCGAGGCUACAGAAGAAGCUAAACAGUCAUUACUCAAACAACGAUUUAGUCGUCAAUGUGGACGGCCAUCCGGUGGACUCGCGCUAACUAAUGUGGCUGUAAACUUCGUGCAACACAGUAGAUGGACUAAUCAUCUCAGCGCAACCAACCCUUCCGACGUGGACAUUAAACUGGAACUUCAUAGUAUAUCAACCAAAGCCACUGACCUAGAGACCGGAUCCCAUCGGCCUAGCCCACAUCACCUAGAAGCAGAACGCGAACGAUUGCGCACUGAAAGAGCUACAGAUAGUUUGGCCUUGCAACGAUUCAAGACUUACAUGCGCGACCGAAAACGGCGGUAGCAUGGAUAUGGGACUACUCAUGUGUGAUUACGUUCUUGCUUUCUUUUCUGAUGCCUUCUUUCUAACUACCGCCGAUAUUAUUUGCUCAAUCAGCUAUGUAUCCUGUAAAUUGUAUAUUCACCAUCAUUAUUUGGGAGCAUUGUACUUGACUUUUCAUAGUGCAGUUUUCUAUGUUGCCACCGACAGGUAUGUCCAUAAUUUUUCCUCCUUCAGAUAAGACACUGCUUGAAGCACUUUCGC